AUGACAGAUGGCUGUUGGGUGACCGGCCUUCUAUUUUCGCACUACUUUCUUUGUUGCGUGCCAGGGAAGCACGUCAAGAAAGAUGGGCAUCGAUUGCCUGAUUGUUGGGCAUAUGGGUGGGCCCGCGGAACCCGAGAAGUUUGCUGCAAUGAUGCGCGAAUUUCGGACAUGGAAGAAAAGGCAGCCUCUUUUCGUUCGGGCUCGAUGGACGCACCUUCUCCAUGCGUGGGGGCAGAGUGGCAAUCACUGCGAUAUCUCAAAGAGUCCGCAGAGAGGCUGUUUUAUCAAGGUGAACCUUUUGGUGACGAAACACUAGAGCAGCAGCUCAUAGAAAAAUCUGAUCAGACUUACGAGGCAUGUCCAGCAGCUUUGCUGCUUGCUUUGGAUUCACGCGUUUGCCGAUUGAAAAUAAACAGUUAUGUGAGCGGACAAGAGGAUUCUGCGGCAGAGGCGUACUUUGUGCGCCAGUUGUGGAACUCCUUGACCUGGAGCGAGACCAUGGGAUGGUCCAAUGUGAUGGAUCCGAUGGUGCGUCCUUCGUUAUAUGCCUCAGCUGCAUAUGUGCAGGUGGUUAAUGCUCUUUUGUCGCAUCCCUCGCCCACAUGCGCUCACUUUGAGAUCAGCACGAAAGAUUUGAUAGCAGAUGCAGCUGGACUUUCUUUGACAACCUCAAAAUCCACCGGGACGAACCUGAAGGCCUAUCCGGAUAUCGCCCGUAUUGCUUUAAUUCUGGGCACGCAAGGACCUUUGGUCGCUUCAGUCUCUGAAUGUGAUGCAGCACGCGCAAUGGCACAUCUGUUUAAUGCGCGACGCUUCCUGGACAUUCGCUACAGUUUGGCACUGCUUCACCUGCAGAAAGCUGAAGAGGUGGAAUUACGAGCACUUGAGCAGUUUGCCGAAGGGAAUCGCAUUGAGAUGCCUGGCAUUUGGGAAGUUCAUGAGCGGCUCAAAGAAGGUCUCCUUGAACAGCAGCGAUGGCGUUCUGAGCCAACAAAACAAACCUUUGCCUUCGUUGCACAAGAACCCGGGUUUGGACCCCUUUCAUUAUGGGAUCCUUUCAUCACGCCUGUUUUCUCGGCCUCCGUGAACGAUGGGGUGAUUGAGAGACUACUAGCGCUGCUGGGUGUGAAGAGCCAAACAUUUGUGGAAAUAGGAACUCAAUUGGGUGAUCAGUGCAACACUCGAUACCUGCGCUCUCGUUUUGGCUUUCAUGGUUUGAUGAUGGACGACAAUUACGAAAACCAUGAGAUCAACUUAACUACCCAUCGGGUGACGCCGGACAAUGUCGUUGAGCUUUUGCAGAACUACUCCACCCCAUUGGACUUUGAUGUUCUCUCGCUGGACACUGAUGGAAACCAAUGGCUACUUUGGAUGAAACUGAGCACAAGUGGCUUUCGUCCACGAAUUGUAGUCAUUGAGUACGGGGAGGAUCUUCCAUAUGAUCAAGAUGUUGCAGUGAGAUUUUCGAACAUUCCGAUUCAUCAGCUUUGCUUGGUGAACCUCGGACGAGCACCUGCAUUAUUUGCUGCAAGCUUGACUGCAAUGCGAAAUUUGGGACGUGCGUUGGGAUAUGUCUUGGUGCACCUGGCGGCCGUGGAUCUAACCUUUGUGAGAUCCGACCUGCUGGCCUCAAGCAAUCUCAGAUUCCCUGCUCAGGACGAUCCGGCUGGACUAUGUGCACUUGCUCGAUAUCAGGCGCCCGGUCGACAACUUGGUUGCUCAAAGACUUGGCCCAAAGAACCACCUUCCAAGGAGCUGCUAACGACAGCGAAAGCAGCCUUGGCUGGGGACUACCGUUUGGAGAACGCCCAUUGGCCGAGAGAACAGAUCCUGCACACCUUUUGCGAAUGA